AUGUUGGCAGAAUUACAUCAUUGUCCAAGUUUAUUUGCCAUGGCCGAUGAUAAAUCGUCGGUCAGGGCUGGAAUGGAUAGUGAGGCUGAACGAUUCAGUAUAUCCGUAGUGACAGCUGAUGGGUCCUCUUAUCAAGAGGAGUAUGAUGAUGAGUCCCUUUCCAGAAUUAAGGCUUCACUCGGAGAACAUGUUAGUUGGUCACGUUUCUUCGACAUCAUUCGGGAAUCAUUUUAUCAAGGCCACGUGAGUCUUCAAACUUUAACAGAAUCUUCUGUGAAGGUAUUAUGUUGCACAUCAGGCGGUGAAGAAAAAGAAUGCCAAAUAUCUUUCACAGUAAAAAAAUCAUCUGAAGAUGUGUUACCAGUGAUUGUCAAGAAUCUGGUGGAUCUUUACACUAUUCAUUGUUAUCCAAGGGAUAAAGAGAAACGAUUAGGAGAGUUAGCAGAAGAGGCAGAACAGGCUAAAAUACAAUGUGAACAACUCGAAGAAGAGAUACAAGUAUUACAAGAGAACAAUACACGAAAGAGACUUCAAGAUGUUGUUAAUGCAAUGCGAUUAGAUCAAAUGAAAACGGAACUUGAAAAAUUGGAAAACGAUAAGAGUGCAAUUCUUUCUACAGAUUCUGGUGAAAACAAUAUGAACAAGGUUAUUAACGGUAUGGAAAAAGAAAUUUCCGGAAUAGAACGUAUACGAAAACCGUUAGGAGAUAAAGAGUGUAAAGAUUAUGAUCCUAUUCUCUUGCGUCUUAUAAAGAGUCGUUGGACAACUAUAGAGAAAGAAGGUCCAAACCCAUCGUAUAAACGGGUUAUUGUUCCCUUUUCUUCUUCAGAACUUGCAAAAGAAACUGAAAACUUUACUGAUAAACGACGGGAAAUUGUAUGGAAAGCAUUGGAUAAAAUAGAUGAAUGGGACUAUAACAUCUUUGAUGUUCAAUCAGCUAUGACUGGAGAUGAUUUUGAGUCAUUACAAGAUCAACCAAAUGGAGGUUCCCUCUUUAUAACCAUGUAUGCAUUACUAGUUAGAUACGAUUUUUUAUCUAAGUUUAAUAUGGAUGAGCAGAUUGCUUUAAAUUGGAUUAGCAAUGUUGAAGCUGGAUAUCAUGGUAAUCCUUAUCAUAACUCUAUGCAUGCAGCAGAUGUUUUACACGUCACACAUUACAUAUUAAGUAAAGGUGGAAUGGCAAGUCGAUGUGAAUUAUCUGAUAGACAGGUAUUUGCAGCUCUAUUUGCUUCAGCUAUUCAUGACUAUAAUCAUCCUGGUGUAAAUAAUAAUUUUCACAUUAAAACACAAUCAUACAAUGCAACUCUUUACAAUGACCGUAGUGUAUUGGAAAAUAUGCAUGUUGCUAGCGUCUUUGAAUUGAUGAAAAAUCCGCGUUUUGAUAUCCUUGCUUGUUUUUCUGCAGAUAAUCGUCGAGAUAUACGAGAAACUGUCAUUGAAAUGGUUCUUGCUACAGAUAUGAGUUUACACGAAAAAUAUGUAACACAGUUUAAACGUCGCUUAGGUGAACAUGCCACCUUUACAGAACGUGAAGAUCAAAACCUCGCUUUAUCUAUAGCAUUAAAAAUGGCUGAUAUCUCAAAUUGUGGAAGACCAUUAGAUAUUUAUCUUAAAUGGAGUGCAAAAGUCUCAGACGAGUUUUAUAUGCAAGGAGAUCGAGAGCGUAACUUGGGAAUGUCAUGUAGUCCAUUUAUGGAUCGUAUGCAACCGGCUCUUGCAAAAGGACAAAUUGCCUUUAUGAGCUACAUUAUCAUACCUUUUUUUGAAAUGGUUGCAGGACUAGUUCCUAAUAUGCGUAUUGCUGUAGAGUGUGCUGAAGUCUGUAAGGCUUAUUGGAUGCAACCUGGGAAUGAAUAG